AUGCGGCAAAUGACAACCAUUUCGGUUGGCAUUGUUGUGCUCGCCGCACUUGUUUUGGCAUCCGAGGGUCGCAUUGCCCGGAAGGACUUAGGUCUGGACCUUGAUCUGGGCCUAGGGACCGGUACAGAGGUUGACAUUGGCAUAGGUGGUGCUAUUGGUGGUGCCGGCUCCGGCUCUGCAUCGGGGUCUGGUUCUGCGGCUGGAUCAGGGUCGGGAUCAGCCUCUGGUUCCGGGUCUGGCUCGGGGUCUGGUUCGGGCGCUGCAUCAUCGGCAGGUUCGGGUGCAGUUUCUGGUGGAGGAUCCUAUGCUGGGUCCGGUGCAGGCUCGGGCUCAGGUGGAGCCUCUGGCUCUGGUGCUGGUUCAGGCUCAGGUGGAGCCUCUGGCUCUGGUGCUGGUUCAGGCUCAGGUGGAGCCUCUGGCGGAGCUUCUGGCUCUGGCGCUGGUUCAGGUGCAGGCUCAGGCUCAGGUGGAGCCUCUGGCGCUGGUGCUGGUUCAGGCUCAGGUGGAGCCUCUGGUGGAGCAUCUGGAUCCGUUGCUGGUUCAGGCUCAGGUGGAGGCUCUGGCUCUGGUGCCGGUUCGGGAUCUGGUUAUGGUCAGGGGCAGGGUAAAGGAGAAGGCCAAGGCCAAGGAUCUGGAUAUGGCCAGGGUUCCGGCUCGGGCCAUGGACAAGGUUCGGGCUCUGGUUCGGGUUAUGGUGAGGGACAUGGUGAAGGUUAUGGCCAAGGACGUGGUGCGGGAUUAGGAUACGGUGAGGGCCAUGGCGAAGGUUAUGGUCAAGGAAGUGGUGUCGGGCAAGGAUCCGGAUACGGUGAGGGCCAUGGCGAAGGUUAUGGACAAGGAAGUGGUGUCGGGCAAGGAUCUGGAUAUGGCGAAGGUCAUGGCCAAGGAUCUGGUUCAGGCUCUGGCUAUGGUGAAGGCUCUGGUAGUGGUUAUGGAAAUGGGGCUGGCUCGGGCUACGGUGAAGGUCACGGAUAUGGGUAUGGAUCUGGACAUGGCAAAUGA